AUGUUUCCCUCCUUCGCGCAGGAAUUCCACCUCGACAACACCCAGCUCCUCCUCAUCACCGGUGUCUGUAUCUUGGCCUUCGCCUACGCAAACUUCCUCAUCGUUCCUUGCUCCAAUAUCUUCGGGAGGAGGCCGACAUACUUCGUCUUCACUCUGAUCAGCAUCGCUGCCCUGAUCUGGCAGGCUCGCGCGACCUCGUAUGCCAGUCUGAUUGUCGCACGGGUGGUCAAUGGCGCUGGGGCAGCCACGAACGAGACCAUGGCCAUCCAGGUUAUUGCUGAUAUGCUGUUUCUGCAUGAGAGAGGACUGUGGACCAUGGCCUACUUCACUUCCACGUCCUUAGGUGCCUACCUCGGCCCCGUCAUCUCGGGCAACAUCACCGAACGAUUCGGCUGGCGCAGCUUCUUCUGGCUCUCCGUCGCCCUCAACAGCUUCAACUUCAUCACCAUCCUGCUCUGCUACCCCGAAACCAGAUACCGUCGCGACACUCAACUCACCCAGGAGACCUCUCCCAUCUCCGUGUCUACUCCCAUCCCCGACGACGAGAAAAUCACCAAACCCUCCACCACAACCCCCCUCCCACCCCCUCAUCCCCCCACACCAAGCCCAGGAACCGGCUUCCCCUCCAAAACCCAAUUCCACCUCUGGCAGAUCCCCGACCCGCAAUGGAAACGCUUCCUCCUCCGCGACUGUCUCACCCCCGUGCGCGUAUGCAUCUACCCGAUCAUCUUCUGGGCUGGCCUCGCCGUCUCGGGGUCCUCGAAUCUCGUUCUCUUCUGGAACCUCACCGAGUCGUCUGUUCUCGGCGCGCCGCCGUACAACUUCAGCGCGUCCGCCGUGGGAUACUCCAAUUUCGCGUUUGCGGUCGGCGUCCUGGUUGGGCUUGUCACGGCGGGGCCGUGGUCGGAUUGGGUGGUGCUGAAGGCUACCGGGCGGAAUAACGGGGUCUAUGAGGCGGAGAUGCGUCUGUUUGCGCUGCUUCCGUGCUUGGUUCUGGUCGUUGUGUCCACGGUGGUUGGGGCGUUUGCGAUGGAGCGUCGCUGGGAUUGGCCCGUCAUUCUGGUGGUUGGGUAUGCCCUGUGUGGCAUCUGUGGGGCGGCGAUUGGGAGUAUCAGCGUCGCGUAUGCCGUGGACUGCUAUAAGCCUAUCUCCGGGGAGAUUAUGACGGUGGUCACCGUGAUUAAGAAUACGUGUGGGUUUGGUAUGAGUUUCUGGCUGCCGUCGUUGGCGGCUCGUACCCGGGGCUAUUUUACUCCUGCGAUGGUUCAGCUUGCCCUCACGGUUGGGCCGCUUGUCUUGGCUGGGCCCAUGUAUUUCUGGGGGAAGAGGUUCAGGGUCUGGACUCGGAACUCGAGUGUGCAUUCUUACGAGAUGUAG